UGCCUCCUCCUUUAUCUCCUCGGUUUGAAAAAAAAAUUCUCAAGUUGGGCCCUUCUUGGAGAUAGCGCCUUCUCCUUCUUCUUCUUUGAAGCUUCUCAUCUCCGUCUGAAGCCGCUCCUCAGCUCCUCUCCGAAGCCUCUCCUCUCCAUACUGAAGCCGCCGCUCAUCUCAUCUCCGAAGCCUCUCAUCUCCAUACCGAAGCCGCAGCUCCUCAUCUCCUCUAAACUGCUCCUCAUCUCCAUACCAUGCUUGAAUCUCUCGACGAAAGUGAUCGUGGAGGGGAUCGAUACGUCAUCCAUCUUCUCUAAGGCUUCGAAGACCAUCGCCAAACUCAUCGUGCUGAAGGGGUCUAUGCCAAUGUCAUUUGGAGGAACCUGGGAGCCUGCUGCUUAUGGUGAACUUGUUUCAAUUGGGGACUCACCUUGAUGUCAACAAAAAAACUGAGUACUGCUAUAACAGGGGAUGCUUUGACAAAGUAAUGAAGCCACGAAUUCUCGAUAGUUUGAGGCCCUGCCAUGUCUCUCAAAUAAGCAUAGGGUUGCCUACAAUUUUGUAGAAAUGAUCAACUAAAAGUGGACUUUUCUGUGUUUCAUUUUUAGUACUCAUGUUUCACUCGCAUAGUUUAAUUA